AUGGACUAUACUUCAUUGCCUCCGGAGAUCACUGUUCUGCUAUUGGGCGAUUCUGAAAUCGGGAAGUCGACGUUCUUAUCUCGCCUGUCUCUCGGCGUCCAACCCCAGAAUGACGACCUCCCACCGUAUGAGCUUCCCAAGCUGCGCGACAUCGACCAACCAUAUGCCUUCGAUAUCACGCUCUAUGGCCGUCCGUACAGGCUACAGUUCUUUGACACGGCCUCACCUCAGAACUACACGCUCCUACAUCCCCAGUUCGUGAUUCUCUGUUACGACAUAUCCUCACGCGCGUCGCUCGACUCUCUUUCCUCGACAUGGCUACCGAUAGUGAACAAACACUUCAACUACGAUGAAAAUCUGCCUGUAAUGGUACUAGGUUUGAAGAGAGAUUUGAGAAGGCAAUGGACGCUAGCGGAACAUGGCCCAGAUAAGAAAGGCAAGGGCGCGAGCGUCAUGCCACAUGAGGGACUGCAAACUGCGCAGAGAAUGUUGUGCGAUCAUUAUGCCGAAUGUAGUGCGCUGACAGGAGAGCUAUGCAGACAGGUGCUUGAGGACGUUGCAAAGACGAGUGCAAAGACGACGACUAAGGCAGGUGGCAAGAGCCAAGGGCCUGAUAUGUGCAACCUCAUGUAA